CAUCAACCGCUACUUGUUGAGCCUUCAACAGAAUUAGCUGAUCGUGUUUCUACACAGGCACUCACUGAAGCUGUAAGUGAAAUAAUCCCAACACUAGUUAUUGCAGAUAUACUGGCACAGCAACAUGUUGAAGAGCGAACGAUUGAAGCUGAGACAAUAACGAAAAAGUCAUCAUCCGAAACUAUCACUGAAAUUAAAACAGAAAUUGAAGAAACUGAAUCCUCAUUAUUUGGAACACCUGAUGAAGAGAAGCCAGAAUCAGUCAAUAUUCAAC